ACGGCUUGCUUAAGACCCUUUUUGAGUGGUGAAAUAUGGCUUGGUCGCAUUGCAGUCGCCACCCGCAGGAGCGCAGCAUCCGCAGGUGCUUACUAGCGCCGCUGCUAGUUUUCGCGGCUCAGGCCUUCGUGUCUGGCGCCCACUUCGGGCAGGGAAGACACAGCAGAGUGGGCCGUGCAAGCGGCGAGGCGCUCUAUGCUGAAGGAAUGAACUGCCUGAAGUCGGGGUCUGACCUGGCAAAAGGUGUGAAGUGCGUGCAGCAGGCAGCGGAGCAGGGCUUCGCGCCAGCUGACACCGAGCUGGGCAAUGCUUACGCCCAGGGCAUGUGGGGUGUGCCACCAGACACGGAGCAAGCGCGGUACCACUUGGAAAGAGGGGCCGAGGGUGGCGACUCCAGGGCUCACUUCAGCCUGGGAGUGUGCAAGCUCCGCGGGAAGUUCGGAUUUGAGCUGGACAAGAGAGCAGCGGCGCGGCAUUUUAGGAUUGCUGGCGAGGGCGGCCAUGAGGCGGCGCUCAUGAACCUUUCCCGAAUGUUUGCGACGGGCGAUGGCAUCCCUCAAGAUUCGCAGCAAGCGGCGCAGUGCAUCAUCAAGGCUGCUCAAAAAGACGAUCGAUUGAAGGACUUGCUUACGAAGGUAAGCAGCGGCACCUUGGAUCCCAACACCCAGUCAAGGCUUCAGGAGGAAAUGGAUCGCAUCCGCGACCGGGCGCAGCAGAUGCCGGGCUUUAUGCCUGGAGGAUGAGACUGGAGCGCGUCAAGCUAUUGAUUGUUUGGACGGGUGCGGUACAUGUUAAUCUUUAACCGGCCACGCGGUUUCACACGGGGCUUGCAACGCGAGUGCCAGGCAGUCAAAA